AUGAGCGUGGUAACGGCUCUGGUCAAAUCAACUUGCUCGUAUCCACCCAAGAUAUCCAUGCUAUCGACAUCACUGUUCAUAGCAAACUCUUUGAGACGGGCUCCCACAACAGACGCCAUGUACCUCACUAUUUCAGUUUUACCUGAAUUAGAGGCACCAGCAAGAAUCAAAGGUAGGUUGUGUUUAACACAUCGAAGAGCUGCUUCGAUGAUCUUAUAG